CGUCAUCUUACUUCAUGCUCCUCUUUUUGUCAGCCAUGUUUCUUUAAGAGGAUGCUGCAGCUGUGUCAGGUGACUAGCGCACUCUUCAUCAGUAACGCCCGGUCAGCCUCUAGCGCCGAGCUCAUCCAGCAAAAAGCGGUGACGCUCUGCAUCAACGUCACCAGGCAGCAGCCGUUCCCCAACUGCAGCGUCGCCAUCAUGCGCAUUCCGGUUUUGGACGAGCCCAGUGAGGACCUCUACGUUCACUUUGACGCAUGUGCGGACGCCAUCCAGAAGGAGGCUCAACGUGGAGGAUGCAGCGUGGUCUACUGCAAGAACGGACGCAGCCGCUCGGCCGCCGUCUGCAUCGCAUACCUGAUGAAGUAUCGGCGGGCAGCGCUGGCGGACGCGCUGCAGGAAGUCAAGGCGGCCCGUCACGUGAUUGAUCCUAAUCCCGGCUUUCUGGCUCAGCUGCGGCGAUACGAAGACGAGCUGAAGAGGAGACGAGAAUCCAAGUAACGUUCUUCCAAAAAGCAUCAAUGAAGAUUUCCAAGAACAUGACAAAAAAUAAAGCAAGCA